GAGAGCAGAGCAGAGCUGAGGACAUCCCCCCCCCCCAAGAGUUGAGAGCAGAAACCAGUCCGCUGGGAAGAUUCAUCUCUGUCGUCUGUAUGUGGAUUUUACAAUCUAAGGAGGAACAAAAGCAAUAUUGAAAAAGUGAGCCAUGAGAAAUGCCUUGCAGUGGCUAUCUGGGGAAGUUGUGUAGCAAGUGACCAAGGCUCUGAGGCAGCCUUCUUUCCCUCUUCCUUCCAAACUUUAGCUGUAUUUAAUGGUCAAGUAUUUAUUUGGAUCCCCAGGCUAGCCCAGUUGCUCUUUUUCUCCCCUGCCUGGGGAGCCCUGUGAAGCAGGAGAGAUGCAUAUAGUGUGGCUCAAGCCGGGACCCCCCAGCUUCCUGGUCCUUUGGACUCCACUCUUCCUACUGCUGCGCUCCAUCCUGGCGGACUUCACCCUGGAUAAUGAGGUGCACUCCAGCUUCAUCCACAGGAGGCUCCGCAGCCAAGAGCGCCGGGAGAUGCAACGAGAAAUCCUCUCCAUCCUGGGUUUGCCCCACCGGCCCAGGCCCCACCUCCAUGGCAAACAGAACUCAGCCCCCAUGUUCAUGCUGGAUCUCUACAAUGCCAUGUCAGUGGAAGAGGAGGUCGGCGGGGAGGAGGGCCAGGGCUUCUCGUACCCUUACAAGCCCAUCUUCAGCACCCAGGGGCCUCCUCUGGCCAGUCUGCAGGACAGUAACUUUCUAACUGAUGCCGAAUAUGGUCAUGAGCUUCGUCAUCUGGUGGAGCAUGACAAAGAGUUUUUCCACCAGCGCUAUCAUCAUCGGGAAUUCAGGUUUGAUCUCUCCAGGAUCCCAGAGGGAGAAGCUGUGACUGCUGCUGAAUUUAGGAUAUACAAGGAUUACAUCCGAGAGCGCUUUGAUAAUGAAACUUUCCGGAUCAGUGUCUACCAGGUGCUUCAGGAGCAUACAGGGAGGGAUUCAGAUUUGUUUCUGCUUGACAGUCGAACUAUCUGGGCUACGGAGGAGGGUUGGCUGGUAUUUGACAUUACAGCCACGAGUAAUCACUGGGUGGUGAACCCACAGCUCAACCUCGGCCUGCAGCUGUCAGUGGAGAGUCUAGAUGGACAAAGCAUCAACCCUAAGAUGGCAGGUCUGGUUGGAAGACAUGGUCCCCAGAAUAAGCAACCAUUCAUGGUAGCAUUCUUUAAGGCCACAGAAGUACAUCUUCGUAGUAUCCGGUCUACAGGAAGCAAACAACGCAGCCAAAACAGAUCAAAGACACCUAAGAACCAGGAAGCCUUGAGGAUGUCCAAUAUUGCAGAAAAUAGUAGCAGUGACCAGAGACAAGCCUGCAAGAAACAUGAACUGUAUGUCAGCUUUCGAGAUCUGGGCUGGCAGGACUGGAUAAUUGCCCCUGAAGGUUAUGCAGCCUACUAUUGUGAAGGAGAAUGUGCUUUUCCCUUGAAUUCUUACAUGAACGCCACAAACCAUGCUAUUGUUCAGACACUGGUACAUUUUAUAAACCCAGAGACCGUUCCGAAGCCGUGCUGUGCUCCAACCCAACUCAAUGCCAUCUCCGUUCUCUACUUUGACGAUAGCUCCAAUGUCAUUCUAAAAAAAUAUAGGAACAUGGUCGUCCGGGCCUGUGGUUGCCAUUAGGCUUGUAUCAGUUUAGCCUCAGGUUUCAGAUCUUCUCGUGCUGCAGAAGGAACUCCGUUCUGGAUCAUUUGGCAAAGAACUGGGGCCUUCCACAACACGUCCUUUUGAAAGGAGCCACACUGUGCUGCCAUUUUCAAGGGUGUGGUGUAUGCAUGUGAGCGUGUAUGUGUGUGCGUGCAUGUGUGUAAAAGGUGCAGGGAUGAUUGAGCAAAAUCUCAAGAGCAAGAUGCUACAAGUUGGCACAAGAAAAACAAAACAGAAACAGUCUUACUGAAAACCUGGCCACGGCGAUUGGCUUCUAAGUCUCAACCCAGAGAUGACUCACUCUCUGGGGGUAAUUAUGAACACCCCUUCAUCGAGGCCACCCAGUAGGGUAGGGGUGUGUAUGUCUGUGUGUGUGUGCGCGUGUGCACGUCUAUAUGUGCUUAGUAAGAAUGACUUGGAAAUUCCUGUAAUAAAAGUCACAAUAAAACGAAUGAAUGAAAAAUGGUUAGGAUGUUAGAUACAUUUCCUAAACAAUUUAUCCCAAUUCUUUUAUUUACCCCAACUUCAUAAACAGAAGCUGUGGCCAGGUAUCAGAGGGCCCUCAACUCCCAGAAAGGUCUUGGCAUUUGACUCACAAGAACAGAAAGCAUGUAUGGGUUUACUUACUCAAAACACAAGUAGGUAGAGGGGAAAAUAAAUUUCCACUCUGGGGGAUGUGUUGACGUUGAUUGGAGAAGGAAAAAUCCAAAGUAAAUAAACUCCAAAGGACGUGUUCACUCUCUGUAUUUGUGUUGUGUGUGCCAGAGAUUAAAUAGGCAUGUUAAAUACCAGCAGAAAUCUGAUUUGCAAUCAUGGAGGGAAAAUGUUUAAGUCUGACAUCAAGGGGGGCCAGGGAGUUAAGUGACAAAUCACUUAUGUGAUCUGAACUUUGGGUGAUACACUGGCUACAUAAUGUUUGAACUAAAAAAAUCAGGAGCUCUGAGAAGCUACUACCAGGUCCCCAAGGCAGUGGCCUCUGAGCUGCCUUUUUGAGUCAUCAAGUUUUUGAGAUUUAGAAAAUAGUUUCUGAAUCUGGGGUCCAAUAAAGGCCCUUGUGAGUGUCAUGCAUCUCAGACCUCAGAGAGGCCACUUCCAUUUUAUGUUGUAUGUCAAUUACCCAAGCAUGAGGUUCCAAUGACAGCCAUUAGGAACCUAUCUCCACAAAGGACCUUUUUUGAAAAUGUCUCAGAUGUUUCAAUAUAGUUAGUUUAUGCUUAAAACAAUCUCCAGCCUGUAAACUAGAUUUGAGGUUAACCUGCCAGGCCCUCCUUUGCAUUUGAGGGUGGAGUGGCAUACGCAUCAAACAUGGCUUUGUGACUGUGGUAUGCUAUCCUGAAGUAAGGAAGUCAAGGCUGUGCUUUCGUCCCUCAGUCUUUGCCUGUCUCUUCUGAUUAGUUUCCUGAUGUUAAUGGAAUGGGGGUGGGGGGAAGGGUGACUCAGUGCCUUUUUAACCUUCAAAGUGAUGAUCCAAAUCUGUACCAUGCGCCUUAUUAAAACUGUUUUGAGUCAACUUGCAAAAUAUUAUGACUUUAUCCAAUGGUUCCUAUAUCCCAAGUAGUGAGAACAAAGGACAAGUUUAUCUCAGAUGGAGUCACGGGGGGACAUUGAAAAAUACUUAUUUCAAGGGUAACAAAUUUUUUUUCAUCCCUUAGCUAAGUUGGCUUCCAGGAAUAUUGGGCUUCCAGUCGCCUGCUGCUUCCCAGUAGGUCAGUCUGUGAUGCUUCAUCAACUGUGGUCAGAAUAUUCUGUUAGGCUGAACUGAGGACUUUAGGGUCAUAGUGUGUUGACUCUAGGCAAAAGCAGUCCCAUAAUCAGUACUGUCUCAAUCCUUUACCCAGACCAGGCUCUUGUGGCCACUGGGUUAGCUUAAUUGUUUGUUUGUACAGUUUAAGUGUAAAUAGUUGUCACGACAGAAAAAUUAUUUAUUUCCAUCCCAGUUUCCUCUUUAAUCACUUGUUCAGGAAAAUGAUUUUCAUCUCUUUAAACACUUUUUUGUUUCCUUAUUUAAGAAAAUAUUUAUUUUAACAGUUGGACAGAUAUGUACACUUCUGGUUUUUUUUUCCUCCUUCCA